AUUCUGUUACACGUCUCCUUUGAAAAAGAGAGAUAAAAAGUGCUUUUCUCCAAGAGCUGACUCAAGUAUCUCUUUGCAGCAAGCGAAAUCCCUCUCCGUUUCGGCGCCUCCAGCCUUCAGGGUGUCAUACGCUGUUUGGAGGGGGAGGACAAUAGAUGUUGGUCCAAAGAGCUUCAUCUUGUCUUGCAUCAAAUACUUGGUGCUCCGGCAUAUGAGCAUCGACAUCCGCCUGGUUUCUUGAGAGAUCAUCCCUCGCGAUAUAUGAGCAAAGGGACGCAGGUCUGGAAAUAAGCCCACAAUCUUCCCGACACAUGUCAAGCAAAUCACAUUGAAUGCCCAGCAAUGCGUCAGGCCGUUAGCUGUUGUGAGGCUGUCAAACCAGAUGCAGUCUCCAUCAUACCAGAAACGAGGGGCCUCGGGAGUGGCCUGGAAGCUUGUUUCCCACAGCGCAAGUCGGUCAAGCAAUGCUUCGAGCUCCGUCAAUAGCCUGUCAGCAGUCGUGAUUCCAGCCUCCUGGCUCAUUCUUUCGAUGAUGCCCGGAAUAACAGUUGCUUCGUUCAUCAAUGCUUGCAUUGGCGAAGGAAUGAUCUCUUGGAAAGGAGCUGUUUGCCACUCUUUUGAGGCAAGGAAAGAUGCCUUUCUCGACUGGAUCUUCAGUACAAUCUUAACAACAUCGACAUCGGUCAGCUACACAUCGACCGAGACACACAUCGAACAAGACGGAAGAUCUCUGAUGCUUACCAAUGCCGGUCUUGCCCCGACAAAUAGCCUGUGGGCGAUGCCUGAUGCGUAAAACUGUGGCUCCCGCGUCUGCAUCAACUCCCCAAGUCCCUCUAAAUGAGCGGUCCAGCUUUCAAGGCUUGUUGGCAACACAAGCUCAGCAAAGAGCAAGCACAUUACAGCAGCCAUUAGCUGAACCAACGACGACUUGUUGGGGAUCUUGAGCGAGUCGUUGACGGAUCGUAACGCUACGCUAUAUGCUUCAAGCGCCGUCGCCAUGGGGAUCUUGCGUUGCGUCUCGCACACGAGUAUGGAGAAAGCAAAGGCUUUGAUGGCGGCAUUCAAAGCUGUGUUGUUACCAGCUUUGACGAGAUCUGGUAGUAGUUCUGCCCACGCCCCUUUACGAGUCAAUUAGCCCUUGUCUUUCCAUGACGCCUGAGAGCAGACACUUUGAAGGGGGAAAUCGAGCCCCUUGACUUUUGAAGCCUCAAGCUAUACGUACCGCAUAUUCGAGGAGUAGACGCACUGACGCCUCUUUGAAUCGCCGCAACAUCAGUACCUGGAACAUAUCCCUGGAUGAUGAUUUCUAUCAGCUUGUCAAGCGGUAGGUCUUCGUGGUAAAGCGACCUGAGACUCCCAUUCGGCUCAUGCGUUUUCCGGUUCAAGAGUAUGCCUGGAAGCUGAGAGGGGGGAUGCUUGGUUACGCCAGGGUGACCAGACACUCUAGCAAGUAUCGGCUUUGUCUGAAUGUUAGAUGGAGCGAACUGAGAGAUGAAUAUCCAAUCCGGUGGAUAUCCGGGGCAGGUGAUGUUGCGGAGGAGACAUUGGCCACAUGAAGGCUUUCUCCCGUCACACUAAACGCGCCUCGUCAGCAAUGUGGAAGGUAGGUACAAUCGGAUUCCCGUACACUGAUCUUCUUCUGCCUGCAGAUUUGACAUGUCGUCCUCUGUCGAAUCUUCAUCCUGGGUGCUGACACAGCAAGUGAUGUUCAAGGCUUGGCGGGUUAUGUUUCCAGGAAGGGAAUAGCAACAUCAGAUGUGAGGGUCGCGGGGCUCCAUACUUUAUGUACUCCAACUCACCAAGUCUGGGUAUACCCCUCGGCGUCAUGAUCUGGAUUUGUACAACUCUCGCAUUUCCCCGUGGGAUUGAUGUUUGUCGUUGCCAUCUCUCCUGCGCUAAGUCAAAUCGGGAGUCAUUAAUCGCCAAGACCGGCGCAUGGAUCACAAAGCGGGGGUUAGCAACCCCCCCUGUAAAGCUUAUCCUGAGUGCAUCGACAUCAGGCCCUUGCGAUGAACCGCAGAGAUCUGGGGGGUUCGAAUGGAGAGCGUUGCUCUCCGUCAUAGGGAACUCGUGUAUAUAAGACAAUGAAAUUUCUCCAGAAUUUAUCUCGACAAACCAUUCCGUCCCUUCAAUCUCCCAGCGCCUGUCACUCCUGAACCUCUGCAUUUGACUUACACUUGUGAACCUCUCAAAUCAUGACCUCCUCGAUCAAACUCUCGGCCCCUCUGAGCCUCACCCACAUCGGCACUGCGACUGCCCUCAUUCAUCUUGGGGACGAUAGCAACCCUGUCACACUCAUCACCGACCCCUUCUUCUCUCAUGCCCCAUUUGAAUUCGAUAUGGGUCUCCUUGUCCUCAAGGCAUCCAUUGAACCGGCUCUAGGCCUUGCCAAUCUCCCUCCUAUCGAUGCUGUUCUCCUGAGCCACGAGGACCAUGUCGACAAUCUUGACGAGCCUGGCCGCCGUCUUCUCGAAGGCCGCAUCGUGCUCACCACCCCUGACGGAGCAAAGAACCUUGCUCCUCGGCCUGGUGUCAAAGCUUUGCAGCCUUGGGAGACUGUUUCUAUCAAGCUCCAGGGACAGACUUUUGAGGUUACUGGAACCCCUUGCGUCCACCUUCCUGGUGGUGAGGUCACUGGCUUCAUCCUGACAACGGAAUCGUUUGGAAAGACUGAUGGCAAGCCAAACGCGAUAUUCUUCUCUGGGGACACAAUUUACAUCCCUGAGCUGGCAAAGAUGAAGGAGAAGUACCACAUCUCCGUCGCCUUGCUCAACCUAGGCAAGGCAACAGCCCCUCUCCCCACGGGCCCCCUUGUAAUCACCAUGGACGGCGCGCAGGCAGUAAAGCUGUUCCGAGAGCUGGGAGCUGACGUGCUGGUCCCCAUGCACUUUGAGAGUUGGGAUCACUUCAAGGAGCAGCGGGAAGAUUUGGCGCAGUCGUUCAAGGCCGAGGGGUUGGACAAGGAGGUUUUGUGGCUGGAGCCUGGGAAGAAGACCAAGCUUGUUUAGGUUGAUGUGAACAUGGAACGUUUACUAGGUAUCUUUCAAGGUCUGUCCAAGAAGAAAAGAGGUCCAUAAAGGCGGAUGAAAUACAUGGGGUGAAGGACAUCUGGGUGGCUCCAACGAAGCUUCCUUUCAAGACCGUGAUACAGCAAAGAGCGACACAAGGUAGCUUUUCCGGCCCGCA